CGAGAGUGCUCAGGCUCGUCGCAGCGGAACUGCUGAGAAUUUAGCCGAGGGCGGCGGGCGGCUCCCAUCCCCGCUCCUGGCCAGGCGGCCCCGCCCGCCCUCGGCACCUGUCCGAGGUGCUGAAGCUGGGGGGCAUCUGUCAGCGACAAAGGAGGGCGCGGCGGCUCGCAGAGGGAUCGCACCUGCGAGGCCUCUCAGAGGCGGGCCCGCCACGUCCCUGGGGCCUGGCCCAGGGCGCAGACACGUAAGCCCCCCGCGGAUUCCCGGACAGUCGUGGGGAGGGGGCCGCGGCGGCCUGCAGCCAGCGCCCCCUGCACCUGCGCCCCGGGCCCCCCAGGCGGCCUUUGGAGGCGCCUCUGCCCCAGCUGCACCGGCCCCGAUCUCCUCGCCGCGCGGGCAGGCGCCAUGGCGCUGAGCUUGCUGGAGGACUGGUGCAGGAGGCUGGAGGUGGAUGUCCACAGGGCCCUGCUGGUGACCGAAAUCCCCGUGGCCCUGGGGCAGGCGGACAUCGAGGCCGUCCUGCAACGGGCUUUCCUGCCUCUGGGCGCUUUCAGGCUGCGGAAUAUCAAGGCUGUGAGGAAGAAGAAGGCCAAGGCCGCCCUGGUGGAGUUCGUGGGGACCCUCAAUCACGCCACCAUCCCCAGGGAGAUCCCAGGUGGGGACGGAGUGUGGAGGGUGCUGUGCAAGGACCGUGCCGAGGACACGAGGGUCCUGAGGCAGAUGAAGCACUUGCUGCUGGACGAAAGGCCCACCCCGGCCACAGGGGACAGGAACCCCAGGGAAAAGCCCACCACUCUGGCCUCGGGGAAGGCAGAGCCCCCUCCCAGUGCAGCGAGAAAGGCCAGGCAGGGCCUGAGGGGCCGAGGAAGAAGGGUCAGAGGCAACUGGCUGACAAAGAAGGGCAAGAAGAGGGGCCAAGGAGGAUGGUUGUCCCCCUGUGUGAGGAGUGAGUCAGAAGACUCUUCCGACGAGAGUCUGGGCCUUGUCAUCCAGGAGACUGAUGAGGAGGAUUUGAGUGAAGAUGAGGACCAGCGUGCGCUCUACCCCACACUCCAGGCUGUGGCCAAGGAGCUCAUUAAGAAAUGGGCCCGUCAGAGCGAGGACAUGGAGGACAGAGAUGGGCCCCGAGAGUUCCUGGCCCUGGUGACUGUGACAGACAAAGCCAAGAAGGAGCUUCCAGGGGCCAAGUUGAUCAGCUUGAACAUCACAGAAGACAGGAGCAGCGUCCCCGACCUGGUGGCCCUCCUGGCCGUGAGAGACACCUCAGACGUGGAGCCGAUGGACAGCGAUGCUUCUGAAAGUGAGGCCCAGGGAAAUGGGGAUGAAGAAAAAGGAGGAGUGGACAACCCUGAGUUCGUGGCCAUCGUGGCCUAUACGGACCCCUCCGAUCCCUCCGCCCAGGAGGAGAUGUUGAAAAUAGCCUCCGUGAUCGAGUCACUGGGCUGGAGUGACAGGAAAGACAAGGCGGGCAGGACAGACGCACUGCCGGAGGUCUUGUCUGUCAUGGCCAAGGACACUUCCGGAACCCGCGUGAAGGUGGAGGAGGCCGGCCGGGAGGUGGACGCCGUGGUCCUCAGGAAGGCCAAAGACGAUGGGAAUCUUCUGGAAUGCAUUUCCACGUUGGCUGAGCCAGAAAACCCCAAGGGGAAGGCUCAUCGCGGUGUCCUGGGAGGCUGGGGUGAUGAUGCUGAUGAUGGUGAUGAUGAUGAUGAUGAAGAUGAGGGGGGCCUCCCGGAGUUAGUGGCCCUCCUGGCGGCCCAGGACAUGGCUGAGGUGGUGAAGGAGGAAAAGGAAAACGCUUGGGAAGGCGGGAAAUACAAGUAUGCCAGAGGCAACCUGGGGGAGGUCCUGGCUCUCCUGGCUGCCCCCGAGAACCUGGAGUCGGACCAGGGGUCUGAGGAGGGGGAGGACGCGGAGUCCGAAGAGGAGUCGGAGGACACGGAGAGCGAGGAGUCAGAGCCUGAGGACAGGGUGUCCAGGAGGCCACGGGCCAAGAAGGCGCGCAAGGCCUCCAGGGACCUGCGCCCGGCGGGGGCGUCCACGGCCGCGGCUCCCACCGCAUCAGGGUCUCGCAAAACCCGAGGAGGCGGCCGAGGUCGCGGCCGUGGCCGGGGAGCCACUCCCGAGAGGAGCACUGGGAGCCGGGCGAGGACCCAGGACGAAGCCGCGGGGAGCAAGAAGAAGAAGAAGGCGGGUCCGGGCGCCGGGGCGCACUCCAAGGCCGGAGAGGCCAAGGGUCAGCCGCCGAGCGGCGCCAAGUCGGCGCGUGGGAAGCAGGCCCGGCGGGGCAGGAGGCUGCCGCCCAAAUGCCGCUAGAGGGGGCCGGACACCAGGCUGCGAGCAGGCCCGGCGGGUCUGAGGGGCCGCCUGCGGGGGCGCCCUCCCCGUGGACCGCCCCUCCCCGCCCCCGCCCCCGCCCCCAGCACAGGUGUGGUUCCUGCUUCCCGGCUGCUUCCUGCUCUGCUGCUCCGUGGGCGCAGCUGCUGCUCACCUGGACCCUUGAGUCCCUACUUGGCAGGUGGUGAGGGGAUCCCGGGGGAGUCCAGAAGGAAGAGAACCAAACAUCAGCUGUGACCUGCUCUCAGGAGCACUGAGUGGGGCGCGUCUGUGGGUCCCCACCGGGUGAGUGUGUCCUCGGACACCGGCCCCCUGGGGAGGCUGCAGGGCCGGUUCGUGCUUUGUGCCUUUUGUGGCACCUGGACUGUCCCACGGACACCUGCUUCAGCCAACGUCGUGAGGCCACCGUUCCCCCCACCCCCAAUCUGAUAGGGCCUGGGGUCUGUGAUCGAGGCUUGUACACCCAGUGGGGUAGUCGGGGACAAGAUGUAGCUGACACUGAAGGCCGGACCUCCCUGCCUGGCGUUGAGCAAGGGAAGGCUGAGAGGU